AGCUGUGUGUCCUGGUGGUGGUACAAAGGUUGUAUGUAAUGGACACACAUCCAGUGACCUUGCACAUUUCUCCUCACUUUAUUCUGGAGGGACUGUGCUGAGUAAGGAAAAGAGAGUCCCUGUCUGCCUUGUCUUCUCAGUCUCCCUGCCUGUAGCUCCAGCACAAGUCCAAACUGAUCACAAGCACCAGCCAUUCCUUUGUGUUGAGGGUGAGCACUCAGACACGGGCUUGACAUAAGCAAUUAAUUUCACAAAGACAGCUGAUCAGCUGUCAAAGGACAAUUCUCUAUCACUUUUGACUUGGGUCUCAGAGUGACACGGGACCUGAGAGAUGACAUGAUCCCAUCUUCUGCUGACAGCUGUUCUCUUAAGUGACGGCAGACUCUGAAGGGGGGGCUGGACUGGUCUGACUCCCAACUUAAACAGAGCCAAAGGGCCAGGCAUCAGACUGGAAGGAUUGUUGGGAGGGGAGCUAGUGGCUGAGCAAGAUCGAUGGAUCUACCUUGAAGGCUGAGUGCAUGACUGACUUGUCAAUUAAUCACUUUGUUUUACUUCCCCCUUUUUUCUUCCUCUCAGGGAGUGUAAGAGCCGAAGAUGAGGCCCAGGGUGGAGUGCUACUCUCUAAGGUUUUGGCUGGUGCUGGCAGUCCUCGCAACGACAGGGAGCGGGGCCCACGCCCAGAAAAGCCACCCGAGCAUUGGCAUCGCAGUCAUCCUGGUGGGCACCUCCGACGAAGUGGCCAUCAAAGAUGCCCACGAGAAAGAUGACUUCCACCACCUCUCAGUGGUGCCUCGGGUGGAGCUGGUGGCCAUGAACGAGACGGAUCCCAAGAGCAUCAUCACCCGCAUCUGUGACCUCAUGUCUGACCGCAAGAUCCAAGGGGUGGUGUUCGCUGAUGACACGGACCAGGAAGCCAUUGCCCAGAUCCUGGACUUCAUCUCCGCCCAGACCCUCACUCCCAUCCUGGGCAUCCAUGGAGGCUCCUCUAUGAUCAUGGCAGAUAAGGAUGAGUCAUCCAUGUUCUUCCAGUUUGGCCCAUCAAUAGAACAGCAAGCUUCUGUCAUGCUCAACAUCAUGGAAGAAUACGACUGGUACAUCUUCUCCAUUGUCACUACUUACUUCCCCGGGUACCAGGACUUUGUGAACAAGAUCCGCAGUACCAUUGAGCACAGCUUUGUGGGUUGGGAGCUGGAGGAGGUCCUUCUGUUGGACAUGUCCCUGGAUGAUGGGGACUCAAAGAUCCAGAACCAGCUCAAGAAGCUCCAAAGCCCUGUUAUCCUCCUCUACUGCACAAAGGAAGAGGCCACCUACAUUUUUGAGGUGGCCAACUCGGUGGGUCUGACGGGCUAUGGUUACACGUGGAUCGUGCCCAGCCUGGUGGCAGGGGAUACAGACACGGUGCCAUCCGAGUUCCCCACCGGCCUCAUCUCUGUCUCAUAUGAUGAAUGGGACUACGGUCUUCCUGCCAGAGUAAGGGAUGGAAUAGCCAUAAUCACCACGGCUGCUUCUGACAUGCUGUCUGAGCACAGCUUCAUCCCUGAGCCCAAGAGCAGCUGUUACAACACCCAGGAGAAAAGGAUUUACCAGUCCAACAUGCUCAACAGGUACCUGAUCAAUGUCACCUUUGAAGGCAGGAAUUUGUCGUUCAGUGAGGACGGAUACCAGAUGCAUCCCAAGCUGGUCAUCAUCCUUUUGACCAAGGAGAGGAAGUGGGAGAGGGUGGGGAAAUGGAAAGAGAAAAAGUUGCAGAUGAAGUAUUACGUGUGGCCGCGCUUUGAGCUGUAUCCUGACUCUGAGGAACGUGAGGACGAUCACCUGAGUAUCGUGACCCUGGAAGAGGCACCGUUUGUCAUUGUGGAGAACGUGGACCCCCUAAGUGGCACCUGCAUGAGGAACACGGUCCCUUGCCAAAAGCGCAUAGUGACUGAGAACAAAACUGAUGAGGAGCCAGAUUACAUGAAGAAAUGUUGCAAGGGGUUCUGCAUAGACAUCCUCAAGAAAAUCUCGAAGUCUGUCAAGUUCACCUAUGACCUCUACUUGGUGACUAAUGGCAAGCAUGGAAAAAAGAUCAAUGGGACGUGGAAUGGAAUGAUUGGAGAGGUUGUCACCAAAAGGGCCUAUAUGGCUGUGGGAUCCCUCACCAUUAAUGAGGAACGUUCAGAAGUGGUGGAUUUCUCUGUGCCCUUCAUUGAGACAGGAAUCAGUGUCAUGGUGUCACGUAGCAAUGGAACUGUCUCACCUUCUGCCUUCUUAGAGCCUUUCAGUGCUGACGUGUGGGUGAUGAUGUUUGUGAUGCUGCUGAUCAUCUCUGCGGUGGCUGUCUUUGUCUUUGAGUACUUCAGCCCUGUGGGCUACAAUCGGUGCCUUGCUGAUGGCAGAGAACCAGGAGGUCCCUCUUUCACCAUUGGCAAAGCUAUCUGGCUGCUGUGGGGGCUGGUGUUCAACAACUCUGUGCCAGUACAGAAUCCCAAGGGUACCACUAGCAAGAUCAUGGUGUCGGUGUGGGCCUUCUUCGCUGUCAUCUUUCUGGCCAGCUACACUGCCAAUCUGGCUGCCUUCAUGAUCCAGGAGGAAUAUGUGGACCAGGUGUCUGGCUUGAGCGACAAAAAGUUCCAGAAACCAAAUGACUUCUCACCCCCUUUCCGCUUCGGGACGGUUCCCAACGGCAGCACGGAAAGGAACAUUCGCAACAACUACCCUGAAAUGCACAGCUACAUGGUGAAGUUCAACCAGAGGGGGGUGGACGAUGCCCUGUUCUCGCUGAAGACUGGGAAGUUGGAUGCUUUCAUUUAUGAUGCAGCAGUGCUAAACUACAUGGCUGGCAGAGAUGAAGGCUGCAAGUUGGUGACGAUUGGGAGUGGGAAAGUGUUUGCCUCCACUGGCUACGGCAUUGCCAUCCAAAAGGACUCAGGCUGGAAGCGCCAGGUCGAUCUUGCAAUUCUGCAGCUUUUUGGAGAUGGGGAGAUGGAGGAGCUGGAAGCUCUCUGGCUCACUGGCAUUUGUCACAAUGAGAAGAAUGAGGUUAUGAGCAGCCAGCUGGAUAUAGAUAAUAUGGCAGGUGUCUUCUACAUGUUGGGAGCAGCCAUGGCCCUCAGUCUCAUCACCUUCAUCUGUGAGCAUCUCUUCUACUGGCAAUUCCGCCACUGCUUCAUGGGCGUCUGCUCUGGCAAGCCUGGUGUGGUCUUCUCCAUCAGCAGGGGUAUCUACAGCUGCAUCCACGGCGUGGCCAUCGAAGAACGCCAGUCAGCAAUGAACUCCCCCACAGCAACUAUGAACAACACCCAUUCCAACAUCCUCCGCCUGCUUCGGACAGCCAAGAACAUGGCCAACCUGUCGGGGGUCAAUGGCUCACCACAGAGUGCCCUGGACUUUAUCCGCCGCGAGUCAUCCGUCUAUGACAUCUCUGAGCACCGCCGCAGCUUCACCCACUCGGACUGCAAAUCCUACAACAACCCCCCCUGUGAGGAGAACCUCUUCAGUGACUACAUCAGUGAGGUGGAAAGGACCUUUGGCAAUCUCCAGCUGAAGGACAGCAAUGUGUAUCAGGACCACUACCACCACCACCACCGCCCCCACAGCAUCGGCAGCACCAGCUCCAUUGACGGGCUCUAUGACUGUGACAACCCGCCCUUCAACGCCCAGUCGCGCUCCAUCGGGAAGAAGCCCUUGGACCUGGGCUUGCCCCCUGCCAAGCACAGCCAGCUGGGUGACCUCUAUGGCAAGUUCUCCUUCAAGAGUGACCGCUACGGGGGCAGCGGGACCCACGACGACCUGAUCCGCUCAGAUGUCUCUGACAUUUCCACUCACACGGUCACCUACGGCAACAUUGAGGGCAACGCAGCCAAGAGGCGGAAGCAGCAGUACAAGGACAGCCUGAAGAAGCGCCCAGCCUCCGCCAAGUCCCGGAGGGAAUUUGAUGAGAUAGAGCUGGCCUACCGCCGGCGCCCACCCCGCUCACCUGACCACAAGCGCUACUUCAGGGACAAGGAAGGGCUACGGGACUUCUACCUUGACCAGUUUCGGCCCAAGGAGAACUCACCGCACUGGGAACACGUGGACCUGACGGAUAUCUACAAAGAACGGGGAGAUGAGUUUAAGCGCGACGCGGGAGGAGGAGGGGGUGGAUCCUGCACGAACAGGGCCCAUCACAAGCAUGGCUCAGGCGAGUUUGGUGGAGGCAAUGAGCACAAGCAUGGCGUCGUGAGUGGGGUCCCAGCGCCGUGGGAGAAGAACCUGACCAAUCUAGACUGGGAAGACCGGACCGGGGCUAAUUUCUGCCGCAGUUGCCCUUCUAAGCUGCACAACUACACGCCAUCAACGGUGGGGCAGAACUCCACCCGCCAGGCCUGCAUCCGCUGUGAGGCUUGCAAGAAAGCGGGCAACCUGUAUGACAUCAGUGAGGACAACUCGCUCCAAGAGCUGGACCAGCCGCCUGCCCCUGUGCCCGUGGCCACCAGUGCCACCUCCUCCUCCAAAUAUCCUCAGAGCCCUUCCAAUUCUGCCUCUAAGGUGCAGAAGAAGAACCGCAACAAACUCCGCCGGCAGCACUCCUAUGACACCUUUGUGGACCUGCAGAAGGAUGACUCAGCCCUGGCCCCCCGCAGCGUCAGCCUCAAGGACAAGGGCCGCUUUUUGGAGGGGAGCCCCUACGCCCACAUGUUUGAGAUGCCAGCCAGUGAGACCACCUUUGCCAACAACAAGUCCUCAGUGCCCGCCACCAGCUACCACCACCACAACAACCCCGGCAGCAGUGGGGGCUACAUGCUCAGCAAGUCACUCUACCCCGACCGGGUCACCCAAAACCCUUUCAUCCCCACUUUUGGGGAUGACCAAUGCUUGCUCCACGGCAGCAAAUCUUAUUUCUUCAGGCAGCCUGUGGUGGCAGGAGGGCCCAAAGCCAGGCCAGACUUCCGAGCCAUUGUCACCACCAACAAGCCGGUGGUCUCAGCCCUUCAUGGGGCUGUGCCAGCCCGUUUCCAGAAGGACAUCUGUAUAGGGAACCAGUCCAACCCCUGUGUGCCUAACAACAAAAACCCCAGGGCUUUCAAUGGCUCCAGCAACGGGCAUGUUUAUGAGAAACUCUCCAGUAUUGAGUCUGAUGUUUGAGUGAGAGGGGAAGAGCGCGGGGAGGGACUGGGGAUGUAUGUGGAGCAUGGGAGGGGAGGGUGGGAUCAAUCCCAUCAGUUACUCUCCUGAGUCGUCCUUAGUUUGUGGGAUACUGGAGUUGUGAGUAGUCCAGCACUGGUGACAAGUGCCACCUCUUUGGUUUCCCCUCUUCCUCCUCCUUUCCCAAGCCUCCCGCUUUAUCUCUUUUUCCAUGUUCUCGCUCCUUCCAUUCUCUUCCAUUCCUGGCCAUUGCACUUUACAGUGAUGUUGGAGUUGGAUAUCCUUGCUCGUGGUUUCAGGAAGCAGAGAAAAAAGCAGGGAAGGGAUGGGCUGAGGAGGAGCAGCAGUGACUUUAGUGUUCACUUCUGCUGGCUCCCAGCAGGGAAAGGCAUGUGUGCACACGUCUAUGUGAGUGUGUGGCAGGAGGAGGCAGCAGCAGCAGUGUAAUGGACAUGCAGGAAAACAUGCUUGCUCAGGCAACUCUUCCUAAAACUGCCUAGAAAAGAGUAGUGUUUGACGUGGAGAAAGUGAAGAGAGAAUAACAAGACUGACUUGAUGAUGCACUUACAUGUUAGCUAUAUUGAGGUUCUUGUUACAUUAUUUUGUGAAGACUA